UGAGGUGACCCAUCACAAUGGAGCGAGUCUGUGCACUAGCACUGUGUAUGCUAUUGUCAUUGUGCUCUGCCACAAGCCCUCCAAUAAAUCCCAUUUUAACCCCUUUAAACUGCAAUGAAACAAAACAUGCUGAACUAGCAGCAGACCUGAUCAAUGAAGACCGUGACAAAGGAUUUCUCAUAAGGCCUUUCCGCACUAAGUCCGUUUAUGAACAGAAGCUAGAGAAUGUACCCGGUAGCUCUCUCUAUUAUAUAGACUUUGAAGCCAAAGAGACAACAUGCUCUGUUUUGAGUGGAAAAAAAUGGAAAGACUGCAAUGACUAUAUACCAUUUCAUGAAGAGGUAACUGGUGAAUGCAAGUGUAUCAUGUACAUAUCAAAGCCAUGGAGAAUACUAAAAAUAUUGAAUUACAACUGCACACUGGGUACAGUUCCUUCCAGAAGCAUUGUUUUAAGGUGCCCUGACUGUCCAACAAUCAUAAAGGAUAUAACUCCGAAAAUUACAGCAAAAGCAGAACACAUGGUGGAACAAUUCAAUAAAGACAGCAACCAGACCAAUUAUUUCAAACUUGAUGAAAUAGAACGAAUAAGAACACAAUGGAUGUUUGGACAGUCUUACUUCAUCUCUUUCACCAUAAAGGAAACCGAUUGUUUGAAAACACAGAAAGAUGUAAUCCUUGGCAACUGCAAAUCUCUCGAGGACCACAAAGCUCAUGUUGGCUUCUGCAGUGGUAGUGCAUACUUCACAUUUGAAAGAAAGGAAGAAUAUUCUGUGUCCUGUGAAAUCUACAACCCACGGCAUAAUGAUGAUCACCACCAUCAUCACCACAAACAUGGCGCUUGCAAUCAAAGAAAGGAAGGUGCCCAAGUGGAGGAAUCGAAAGAUAAUGCUGGACACAGUGAAACAGGGGCAGGAGAGGCAGGGCCGGGCCAGGCAGGAGCAGAUGCUCCAGGACCACAGGAAAGAUGUGAACUUGGUAAAGGCAAGCAUUGUGGACAUCACAGAGGUCACAGACAUCACUGCCAUCCUGGUCAUCAUCACCAUCAUUCUGGACACCACCAUCAUCAUCCUGAUCGUCCUCAUCACCACCACAAUGAUCAUGAUCACCGAAACCAUUCUCACCCACAUGAUAAAGCUCACCACCAUCAUGACCAUCACAACCAUACCUCAGCUGAACACGGCUCUUCAUCAGAAGAAACCACUGAUAAGCAACCUUUUAAGAGAACAAAGGGAUCAGUCCAAGUUUACCAUCUUGAUGAGGAAACACCAAGUACACCAGUUCCAACCAUCCUCCGGCUGCCUAGACCAGGGAAACAUAUAUAUGAAAUUGCUGAUUUCCCAAAUGAACCAUCAUCCCUGGAAACAUGUCCCAGCCCACCAAACUCUAAAAGCUCAUAA